AUGCCGCGAAGUCAUACCGGCGACGAAAGCGGCGGCAGCGGGAUCUGGCUAAAGACCUCGACUGGACGUCGGGGGCAGGACUACCCACUGAAAGAUGUGGAGUGCGGACGGCAGACUAUGAAUAACGUUGUGGGUGUCGGGGACGGUCUCCUGUCUCCAGCCGCGGCAGGUGCGGUGGGAGCGGAGAGGAAACAGGGCGCCCGCCUGAGUCUGCUGGGGAAGCCGCUGACCUACAGCGCGCAGAGCAACCGCAGAAACGCACGCUACCGGCGGCUCCAGAAUUACCUCUACAACGUUUUGGAAAGACCGAGGGAAUGGGCUUUUGUCUACCACGCUUUUGUGUUUAUCCUGGUAUUCGGAUGUCUAGUUCUCUCUGUGUUUUCCACCAUCCCUGCUCACCAGGAGUUCUCCUCGCACUGCCUGCUCAUCCUGGAGUUUGUGAUGAUUGUAGUGUUUGGCCUGGAGUACAUCAUCAGGAUAUGGAGUGCUGGCUGCUGUUGCCGCUAUCGAGGCUGGCAGGGACGUCUCCGCUUUGCCAGAAAACCGUUUUGUGUCAUAGACAUCAUCGUACUUAUCGCCUCAGUUGCUGUGGUUUCAGCUGGUAGCCAGGGUAACAUCUUUGCCACAUCUGCGCUGCGUAGCCUUCGCUUCCUUCAGAUCCUGCGCAUGGUGCGCAUGGACCGUAGGGGAGGGACCUGGAAACUGCUUGGAUCUGUAGUUUACGCACAUAGUAAGGAGCUGGUGACUGCCUGGUAUAUAGGGUUUCUGGUGUUGAUCUUCUCCUCCUUCUUGGUCUAUCUGGUGGAGAAAGAAUUCAACAAGGAGUUUGCCACCUACGCCGAUGCUCUGUGGUGGGGCACGAUCACCCUUACAACUAUUGGCUACGGUGACAAGACCCCACAGACGUGGACUGGGCGGUUAUUAUCAGCGUGUUUUGCUCUACUGGGGAUCUCCUUCUUUGCCCUGCCAGCUGGCAUCCUAGGUUCAGGCUUUGCCCUGAAGGUGCAGGAGCAGCAUCGACAAAAGCACUUUGAAAAAAGGAGGAACCCAGCUGCCAGCCUCAUCCAGUGUGUCUGGCGUAGUUAUGCUGCUGAUGAGAACUCGGUUUCCAUUGCUACCUGGAAGCCUCAUUUGAAGGCGUUGCAUACCUGCAGCCCCGCCAAGAAAGAGCAGGGCGAGGCUACUUACAGUAAGGGUCUAAGUAAUGGAAGGCUCUUCAGAAGGUAUUCUCGGAAAUAUAGGAGUCAGAAGUUGAGCUUUAAAGAACGGGUCCGCAUGGCGAGCCCUCGUGGUCAGAGUAUGAAGAGCCGGCAGACGUCGAUGAAUGACCGCCAGCGCUGUUCCCCUGGCAACGAGAUGGUGGGCAGCACAGAACUGAUGGGCGGCAGCCCUGCCAAAGUGCAGAAGAGCUGGAGCUUCAAUGAUCGGACCCGGUUUAGGCCGUCUCUGAGGUUGAAGAGCCAGCCUCGUACAGCUGUCCCAGAUGUGGACACAGGCAUGACCACAGAGGAAUCCUUUGAUGAGCGAGGGUGCCACUGCGAUGUUACUGUGGAGGAUCUAUCAGCACCUCUCAAGGCUGUCAUCAGAGCUGUCAGGAUCAUGAAGUUCCACGUAGCAAAGAAGAAGUUUAAGGAGACGUUGCGUCCGUAUGAUGUGAAGGACGUGAUUGAGCAGUACUCUGCAGGUCACCUGGAUAUGCUCUGUCGCAUCAAGAGCCUUCAGACCAGACUAGACACUGUAGUGGGUCCUCCUCCAAGGCCUUUGCGCAGCCGUGGGAAGACCUUUUCCUCUCCCUCCCUGCAUUUAUAUUACACCCAGACCAGCAGGAAACGGUCGACACCGGGACUGGCUAGUGCAGCAGGCUCUGGUCGCACCCAGCCAAGGAAUAUGUCCUCUCCUGCACUACACUAUUAUUACAGCAACCACAUGAAGAAGCUCUCUGGCUCAGGGGUGGAUCAGAUCUUGGGAAAAGGCCAGAUUCCUGUGGAUAAAAAAAUGAGGGACAAACUGCACCCAGAUGGAGACUCUCUAGAGGGCAUGAGCAUGCUUGGACGUGUGUGUAAGGUGGAGAGGCAGGUAACUUCCAUUGAAUCAAAGUUGGACUCUUUGCUGGAUAUUUACCGCCAAGUCCUACAGAAAGGCCCCUCAGCACUCACCCUCUCCUCCCUCCCCCUGUUUGAGCUGGAGAACCAACACCAUAACUCGGACUACCCGACCUCAAUCAUUGGCAGGGAUCUUCCCUCCCCUCAGGGAGGUGAGCCUGUUGGAAGCGGAGGAGACAACAGUGGCGGCAUGCGUCGUUCUCUCAAUCCCAACCCGAGAGGCUUGCGGCUCAUACUGGCACCAGCUGAUGAUGAUGCUCCUCCAGACUCAGCCCCUCCAUCCUAUCCACCAUCCACAGCCUCGCUCUCCCCAUCACCUCUGCUGCCCCCUGAUAGCCCUUAUCCAACUUUGGUCACCACCAAUGGUACCCCGAAAAAAGCACACUUCCCUGAUCUGCCGCCCCCACCUUCCUCGACGGGGAAUUUCACUCUUCAGCUCCCCCCUAUGGUACACCCCUCUCACCUCCGAUGCCCUGCUGACCCGAUCUCAGAUGAUCUGACAGAUGGAGUGGCAGUGGACGAGGAAAGCUCUGGCCCCUCUGUUGUUGUAGGAUGCGGUGUGGAUUCUGACCAAGAAGGUGACAACGAGGCAGCCUUUGGCCAGGGAACGGUUCAGCUGCGGGAGAAACCUGGCUUGAAAUCUGAGGGGGUCUGGAGGAGGCACAUGAGCCUUGAGGUGAAGCCCUUGCUGCUUCUCUCUUCGAGCCCAGAUGGGAGGGCUUCAGACUGGGAAGGUGGUCUUGGGAAGUCGAUCUCUGUGCAGAACCUCAGUCAACCUUUGACCAACCGUGCCCCUGGUCUCUCCUCUGCACUCAACAACAGCAGCAGCAGCAAUGGUAGCGAACGCAGCACUGCCCAUGAUGAUCUUAACAACUGGGAUGAUACAGAACUCUUUAUUAGAGAGUGCAAACUACAAACAUCAGAGGAACAUUUCGACUUCCUGUCACAGGGACCUGGCAGCAGCACCUCAGACCUUUUAAAGACUGUGGAGGAGGCUGCACCUCACCCAAAAGGAAAGUCAGAGUUUCUCAGUCAGUCCUCACACAUACAGCUGGCAUAACCACACUUACUGACAGACACACAUUUCCAUACUGUAUGUAAACACCACUGUGGGUGAAGCCACUUUUUAAAAUAUUUUUACAGGGCAGU